AUGCAGGCCAUCGACCUCCUGCAGAAGGCGAGCGAGUGCGUGGUAGAGGACAACUCCGACUUUCAGCUACAGAUUAAGAUCUUAGCGCUUCGAGGAGACGCGCUGUUGAUGCUCGACCAAGCGACUGCGGCCUCCCUGACCGUGAAAGCCAAUCGAGAGCGAAGAAUCAACGAAGCGAUCGCUGCUGCUCGAUCGAGUCCCCAUCACAUAGUGGUGAAGGACUGGAGGAUUCCUGGUAGCUUCAAGUAG